AUGCUUGUUCGUCGAUCGCUUCAGCGAUUCAAUGGUGUCCCAGUGGUGGAUCUUCCUUUCUUGAGUGGCCUCCUCUUGCCUGCAUGGUGCAGCAAAUUCCAGUUCCAGAUCGACGAGAUCAACACAGCUAGUGGAUUUGGAUACAAGGGCAGUGGCGUGACUGCCGAUCUUGCCUUCCUUACUGCUUUUUUACAGCAACGAAACGAGACCUCCAGCGAUAUCCGAGCGUGCUUCUUGAUGACGGACGGUGACAAGUUGAACUCAACCUUGGCAGCCACUCGACAUUCCUAUGAGAAUGCAGGCAUCCCCUCCAAUGUUAAGGGAAUUUUGCGCAUUCACUUGGAGUUUCCGCGCGUCAAGGGAGUGAAGCCGGUCACUCACGUCAGGAAGGAUCCGACGACUCGUGCUAAAGAUGUGAUGGUGUACAUCAACUGUGAGAACAUGGACAGCUUUUUCGACGAGAGUAUCAAAGCAUACAGGAAAGAUAUGAUCAAGCUGAAGAAGCUGAUCAAGUAUGUCUGCGUCUCAUAA